AUGGAUGCUCCUCAUGUGGUGCUUUUGCCUUUCCCUGCACAAGGCCACAUCAAACCCAUGCUCGUGUUAGCUCAACUUCUCUGCCACGGCGGCAGCUUCAACAUCACCUUCGUCAACACUGAACACAACCACCGCCGGCUUCUCAACCUCAUCGAUCAACCCGCCUUCAGCCGCCGCUUUCCGACACUCCAGUUCAUGUCCAUUCCAGACGGGCUUCAGCCGGAGCAUCCGCGGGCUGGACCCUCCGCCGUUGACUUGUUCUUUUCUACUAGUUCAGUGAGCAAGCCGGAAUUCAGGAAUCUAAUUGUUUCUCUUAGCCAGGAACCGACAUGUAUUAUAGCAGAUGGGAUUAUGUCAUUUGCAGUUGAUGUUGCCGAUGAGCUUGGAAUACCUGUUAUCACGUUCCGGACUUACAGUGCAACCUGUACUUGGGUUUAUUUUCAUCUUCAGAAGCUCAUCCAAAAUGGAGAAAUUCCAGUGCUUCAAGGAAAUGAAGACAUGGACAAGCAAAUUUCUUGCAUUCCUGGGCUGGAAAACGUUUUAAGACGCCGAGAUCUUCCAAGUAUCUGCAAACUAGAACCCGAUAGCCCGAUUCUGCAGUUUUACAUCGCCCAGGCCUCGAAAAUGACUCGAGCUUCUGCUCUCAUACUCAACACUUUUCAAGAACUGGAAAGUCCAAUGAUCACUCAUCUACAGUCUAUUUUUCCUACAGUUUAUACAAUUGGUCCAUUACACUCACUCUUGAACUCCGUCAUUAUUGAUGCUCCAUCUGAAAACUCAUCAAGUUUGAUCGAGAUGGAUGAAUCCUGUAUCAAAUGGCUUGAUUCUCAGCACCCAAAAUCAGUACUGUAUGUUAGUUUCGGCAGUGUAAUUGUAUUGUCGCAUGACCAAUUGUUGGAAUUCUGGCAUGGGCUUGUGAACAGUGGAAAGCCAUUUUUAUGGGCCAUUAGGCCCGACUUGAUUUUGGGCCAUAAUGGGCCGAACAAGAUUCCAGAGGAACUGAAAAGGGCCACUAAGGAAAUGGGCUGUAUAGUUAGUUGGGCCCCACAAGAGGAUGUUCUGGCCCAUCAAGCUAUAGGUGGGUUUUUGACCCAUAGUGGAUGGAACUCUACUCUGGAGAGUAUUUCUUCAGGUGUGCCCAUGAUUUGUUGGCCCAUGAUUGUGGACCAACAAGUGAACAGUAGGUGUGUGAGUGAAGUAUGGAAAGUAGGGGUUGAUAUGAAGGACACGUGUGACAGAUCAACGGUGGAAAAACUUGUAAGAGAUGUCAUGGAGAAUAAGAUUGAAGAAUGCAAGGAGUCAACGAUGAAGAAUUCAAGGUUGGCCAAUGAUAGCAUUCAUGAAGGUGGGUCAUCACAUGACAAUAUCAAGAGACUAGUACUAGACAUAAUAUCUAUUCAUUCAAGAAAAAAUGCUGUGACUAAAGAAAUUAUGUCCCACUGA